UAUCAGUUUCAUUUAAGUCAAUACCCCAUUGUAAAUACCUGGUUAUAAACUUAUUACACGUCAGAUGUACUAAUACGCUCUUCCAUUUUCAGUGGACGACCAAGAAACUGAGCGAUGAACAAUAAAAUUCCUUCAGCUUUUUGCCAAAUCCUCGCCGUAUUGGCGAUUACAGUUUGUAUACAGUCCAUCGAGGCGAGACAACAGACAUACCACAGAGACCAAGUUUUGCAGGUCACUCCUAGAACAGAAAAGGACAUAAAAUUUCUGAAUAGUUUGCUGCACAGCGAAAACAACCUCACGUUAGACUUUUGGACCUACCCAAGCAAGCCUAGUGACCCUGUAGACAUCCAUGUGCCUCGCAGAAAACUCCGGGAAUUCAAACAUAUUCUAGCCAAACGAUCAAUCCCCUUCACGGUGAAGAUCAGAAACGUGCAAAGGCAGAUCAAAGUGGAAGGAAUGAGGCCCCGUUCUGUUUCAUUCAAUGGAGCAUUUCGUUCAUACGCUCAGAUUGUUCAUGAAAUGAAACGACUCGCACGCUUGAAUGAAAGCUUAGUGAAAGUAUUUAGUCUGGGCAAGACCUAUGAGAACCGAACAAUGUAUGGGAUAAAGAUUUCAUCAAACGUUUCCAGCUCAAAUAAACCAGUUGUCUUCAUAAAUUGUGGAAUACAUGCGCGAGAAUGGAUUUCUGUUUCAUCGUGCAUGUAUGUCGCCAGAGAGCUCGUCUUGAAGUAUUCGUCAGAGGAAUCAAUCCGGCUCUUAGUAGAUAGGUUAGAAUGGAUCAUAGUGCCAGUUGUGAAUGUGGAUGGAUAUAUUUACACUCACAAAGAGGAUCGCUUGUGGAGAAAGAACAGAAGACCAAAUGGCAACUCAACCAAAUGCAUUGGAACGGACUUAAACAGGAAUUUCAAUUUUAGAUGGGCUACGGUUGGAGCAGAUUAUGGAAAGCCUUGCAGCGACAUCUACCCUGGAGAGCGGCCAUUUUCCGAACCCGAAACACACAACUUAGCCACGUAUAUGUACUCCAUAAGAGACCGCAUCAAAGCUUAUGUGGACUUCCAUUCCUAUGGACAAUUGUGGAUGUCUCCUUGGGGUUUCAAAAAGGAUUUCCCUCCAACGUAUCGUACCAUGAACCGGAACGCAAUGAUACGCAUUGUACUAGCUAUAUACAUGACCAACAGGACACUCUAUGGGUUUGGACCGGCAGCUGUUGUCAUCUAUAAGACUUCAGGUGAUGCAACCGACUGGGUGUACGCUGUUUUGGGUGUCACGCAUUCCUAUGGAGUUGAGUUGCAACCAUCAAUCUUUUCUCAGAAUGGAUUCGUUCUUCCCCCUUCAUACAUUGAACCUGUUGGGAAGGAGGUGCUCGCUGGAAUGAAGACCUUGGCUUCCCUUGUAAGAUAGAAAACAUGGCGAAGAGACCAAUAACUAUUCUAAAAAAUAUUAUUCAUAUUCAGGGAGUAUAAAUAACAAGCAAAACUAUAUUGGUAAAAAAUUUAUUAAUAAUGGAAAAUAACGCUACAACUAUUAUCAACAUUUUAGUCUUUGUUUUUGUGUGAGGAAGCGUUUUUCCCGGUUGGACAGUGUUGCAAAUUCAUCUCUUUUGCUAAACUCUACAAGAUCGUGAUUUCAGUCCCAAAAACAAACCCAAAAACAUCGCAACUUCUUAUAGUGAAAUCGCAGGGAUUUGAUGGGAACUCAAAAUAAUUACCUAUUUCUCCCGUCAAGUACCGUAAAACGCUGUGCAAUCGGUGGAACGCCGUAAAACGCGAUAAAUCGCGGUAAAACACAAUGAAACACGGUAGAACGCGUCAAGUUGUAGCCUAGUUUCGAUUGGUCAGUUUAAGUUUUGCGUCUGAUUGGUCAGUGAAAAGCUGGCACGAGUUUCCUGAACCAAUCGUGAAGCGAAGACAGGUAAAACUCAUGCUAUAGCGAAAUAAUGUUAGGGUUGCUAACUUCAAGUUGCGUAUAAGGCUUCAGAAAAUUAUUUACAACACGCGGAGAUAUAUCUGAAAAUUUUUUCCCAUACUAUUUUUACGCAGCACUCGUAAAAGUGUGGUCGUCUCGAUCGACAAAUAAUUUGAUUUUUCGAAAUAAAGACAUAAUUUUGAAUCACCUAGUUGCAUUUUCGCGACUGAAACAGUAAAUGGCUGACAGAUAUUACCAUAAAAAUUUCCCUAGCUUAGGGCUGAUGUAGAUCGCCAGUGCAACAAAAAUACUUUGGUUUUAAUUUACUGCCACCGACUUAAAGAGGAGUCUGUUUCAGCGCAAACAAAGAAUUAACAUAUAAAGACAUUGCUGAGUAUGUAAAGCCGAGAAGCCGGUUUUAAACAUUCCUUAUCAUCAUUCUGUAUUUUCCCAUCAAAAAAGGAAAUUAAAGAAAAAGUUCCCAAGCGCGCCUAUUCUGUUCAAAUGAGGAGUGAAUAAUUGUCGUACAGAAAAACGGGGUUUUUCGUUGUUCAUCUGUUCAAAGUCCUUCCAACAUUGAUUGUUCUUCGUGAAAUGUUUGCGGCCAAUCCUAAACUGUCAUAUUUUUAAAACGCUUUUUAUUUCUUGUAUGUUUUUUGCGACAAACUAUUUCACGCAAAUUUCUACGUAUGUGUAAUCAGUCGUGGAGAAAGCUUUUUUCUAAUGGGUUUGUCGGGCUAUUUGUUGGAUUUUGCAUUUAAACAGUACUUAACAAAAAAAACACAAUCCAUUGCCUUCGCUUAUUCAGUUGAUUGGUAACUCAACUGAGGCAACAAAGCUGUCUCAAUAGUGUUUGGAGUCGUAAUUACUAAAUUGCGAUUCUCCUGUAAGAUCUUGAAGGGAAUAGUACAUGUGCAUAGAUAUUUAAUAAAUAAAAUUU